AUGGCGAAAGACCCGUUGGGUGAAGCUGGCCUUCAUUUUGAUGAACUCAACAAGCUGCGGGUGCUGGAGCCAGAGGUGGGCCAGAAGACCACGGAGCUCAAGGAGGAGUGCAAAGACUUUGUUGACAGUAAGAACAUUCCAUUAUCUUCUGUUCUGUGUCCCAAAUGGCACCAUAUUCCCUAUAUAUAGUGGGCCCUGGGCAAAUGUAGUGCACUACAUAGGGAAUAGUGUGCCAUUUGGGACACUACACUUGGUGUUAAGUGCCAUUACUUUCAUAGAAUAUUGUGCAGAUCAGUGGAGAGGUCCACUCGCACAUCUGUUCUUAAUGUUAAAACUGUGUUCUUCAAAUGUUGUUGACACCUAAUUACCGAAUAGUGUUUUACUAACUUUCGUGCGUUCAUUCAAUACACAGAAAUCGGCCAGUUUCAGAAGGUAGUGGGUGGUCUCAUCGAGCUGGUGGAUGAAUUGGCAAAAGAGGCAGAGACGGAGAAGAUGAAGGUAAGGGUCUGCAUUGGCUCUUUUAAGAGUUGUGAGUUUCUUAGUCCAUCUUUACAGGACUCAGACACACACAGAUGCAAUACUUUUUGUUCAACUCAUUCAAAGUCAAUUGUUUUCAAUCAACGUGUCAGUCAGAUCAAAGUGACCGCUGGCUCUACAAUCUGCCUGUCUGCAAGCAAUCUCAGGUUGAAAACAAAACAGUGGACUUUGACUGCUAGCUAGCUAGGCCACUGAGUACACUUGCUGCACUUUUCUGUGGGAACGACCGAGGCCUUGUUAUCUGGGUGAACAACAUGCUGCUGCACUGCCUCCUUCUCCCAGGCUAUUGGAGCCAGGAACCUGUUGAAGUCUGUGGCCAAGCAGAGGGAGGCCCAGCAACAGCAGCUCCAUGCCCUGAUAGCAGAGAAGACGAUGCAGCUGGAGAGGUAAGAAGACUGAAGCCUGGUCCCAGAUCUGAUCUCACUAGCCUGGUCCCAGAUCUGAUCUCACUAGCCUGGUCCCAGGUCUGAUCUCACUAGCCUGGUCCCAGAUCUGAUCUCACUAGCCUGGUCCCAGAUCUGAUCUCACUAGCCUGGUCCCAGGUCUGAUCUCACUAGCCUGGUCCCAGGUCUGAUCUCACUAGCCUGGUCCCAGGUCUGAUCUCACUAGCCUGGUCCCAGGUCUGAUCUCACUAGCCUGGUCCCAGAUCUGAUCUCACUAGCCUGGUCCCAGAUCUGAUCUCACUAGCCUGGUCCCAGAUCUGAUCUCACUAGCCUGGUCCCAGGUCUGAUCUCACUAGCCUGGUCCCAGGUCUGAUCUCACUAGCCUGGUCCCAGGUCUGAUCUCACUAGCCUGGUCCCAGAUCUGAUCUCACUAGCCUGGUCCCAGGUCUGAUCUCACUAGCCUGGUCCCAGAUCUGUUUGUGCUUUUGCUCACUCCAUUGUCAAGCCACACAUGUUUGGAAGGACAAUUCCAUAUGGAGUUGGCAAGAGACUAGAAACAGACUGUUAUCCAGGCUAUAUUAAAGAGACCAGAAACAGACUGUUACCCAGGCUAUAUUAAAGAGACCAGAAACAGACUGGUACCCAGGCUAUAUUAAAGAGACCAGAAACAGACUGGUACCCAGGCUAUAUUAAAGAGACUAGAAACAGACUGGUACCCAGGCUAUAUUAAAGAGACUAGAAACAGACUGGCACCCAUGCUAUAUUAAAGAGACUAGAAACAGACUGGUACCCAGGCUAUAUUAAAGAGACCAGAAACAGACUGGUACCCAGGCUAUAUUAAAGAGACCAGAAACAGACUGGUAUCCAGGCUAUAUUAAAGAGACCAGAAACAGACUGGUACCCAGGCUAUAUUAAAGAGACCAGAAACAGACUGGUACCCAGGCUAUAUUAAAGAGACCAGAAACAGACUGGUACCCAGGCUAUAUUAAAGAGACUAGAAACAGACUGGUACCCAGGCUAUAUUAAAGAGACUAGAAACAGACUGGCACCCAUGCUAUAUUAAAGAGACUAGAAACAGACUGGUACCCAGGCUAUAUUAAAGAGACCAGAAACAGACUGGUACCCAGGCUAUAUUAAAGAGACCAGAAACAGACUGGUACCCAGGCUAUAUUAAAGAGACCAGAAACAGACUGGUACCCAGGCUAUAUUAAAGAGACCAGAAACAGACUGGUACCCAGGCUAUAUUAAAGAGACCAGAAACAGACUGGUACCCAGGCUAUAUUAAAGAGACCAGAAACAGACUGGCUCCCAGGCUAAGAAGACUGUUUGUCUUAUUCAAUCUUGUUCUGAAGACAGCUGUGCCUCAAGGGCAGAAACGAACGUGAUUGGUGAAAUUUAUUUGGCAAGAAAUGUAAGACUGAGGUCAAGUCUCCUUGUGAAAUCAAUAACAAUGGGGAAAUAUAUUGUUAGUGUCUCGUUCUCAGGGGUUGACAUUAUAGUCAGUCAGUUAGUUAAUUAGUCAGUCAGUCCCUGGGGUUUAAUGAAGUUUGUCUUUGUUUGUAAUCUAUUCCAGGUAUCGCAUCGAGUAUGAAGCUCUCUCCAAAGUGGAGGCUGAGCAGAAUGAGUUCAUUGAACAGUUCAUUCUGCAGAAAUAAGGGGUGCGUCGAAGGCCCAAAAUGUGUGCGUGUCUGUGUGUGUCUGUGUGUGUUUGUGACCAUGUUUCCAGGGUGCCUGAAUUGUUUUCUAUGGGUGAUAUCCACUACGCUAUGGGUUAACGGGAAUCGCUCAUCUGAACACAACCUCUCUUACGACCUCACAAGCAAUCCAAAACUGCUCCAACUAAAACACAGGUGUUACCGUGACAGCAACAGACAGACCACAUGCAAAGUUAAAGUAGCUUCUCACUCUUAGGCUUCUAGAACACCAUAACAUGUUCCUCACUAGCAGGUGUCAACCCUCCUCCCCCAGUUAUCCAUUUUUAGCAUUUAAGUGUUGAAUGCUUGAAAUAUAAUUAAAACCUGAGGCUCUAUGGGCGUCACGCCUUUCACAACACUACAGUAUAUCAGACAAGCAAAUGGGGAAGAAAGCUAUUUAUAUAUACCAAGGAAUUUAUUUAUACUAUUUAAUACCGAAUAAUUACUCUGUAUAGAUAGUUUUAUUACCUUUUCUACAAGUAGAAAACAAAGUACAGUAUGUGCAUGUUACUGUAAAUAAUUUCAUGAUUUCCCCCCCAAUUAUAUAUAUAUUUUUUUUGCUGUGUGUCGUCUGUUUACAUCUGAGGUAGGAAUAUGUUCAUGGUUUUAUAAUUUCACCAUUGUCUGUGGGACCACACCAAAACAUUUGCCCUCAGGUGGCUUAUUGGAAUUUCAGGCCAGUGUAUAAAUAAACAGUAAAGUACAUUUGAAAGGUAUAUUAAUUAUUUUAUGUUUACAGUAUAUAUCAAGAAAUUAUCAAAUGUUCUCAUACUCUGCAUUCAUCUUAUCCAUGUUAAAAGUUAGUAAACCAGCUUAGUGGACCAACUUCAUCAAAAGAUGAGGUAUACUUGAAUAAAAAGGAUUUGCACAUAUUUUGAUUCUCUUGGUGUCAACAUUCUUGACUAUUGCUAACCAUGAUAUUUUCUCGACUUUAAAUAUACGAAUUGACAAUUGAUCACAAAAAUUACUAUGAAAAUUAGUAGUGUAGUCUAGACUAGAGGUAUGAUUACCUGGAUGUCUAGGCAGCCGGGUCACAGCUUGAGAUUCAGAAUGUACAGGUGGAUUAGUAGCCUGAGUGCCAAUCUGUUUGUGCCAUCAUGCCAACU